CAAGUUUCAACCACCCAUUCACCAGCUGAACGGCCUGCUCUCUCUCUCUUGCGCAGAGCCUAGUCGGCAGUGGUGUCGCUCACUCCUUAACUUAUUUUGACUCGAUAAUCGCUGCCAACUCCAUCAAUAACUAUCGCCAUGUGCUCAACUGACGUUUUCCUUGGCCUCCUGGGCGUUCUCCUGCCCCCGCUGCCUGUCUGGGUCAAGCGCGGCGUGUGCUCCGCCGACUCGAUCAUCAACAUCCUCCUUUGCAUGCUCGGCUACAUCCCGGGCCUCCUCCACGCUUGGUACAUCAUCGCGAAGUACCCCGAGCCGCCCUACGACUACGAGUACCAGCGUCUCGGACCAGACGCCGAACAGGGCCGUAUCUACGUCUUCGUGCACCACGGCGGCCCGUGCCCGCAGCCGCAGCCGGGUGCGGCCCAGCCGAAACCACAGGGCCCAAUGAACUAUGGCACCAACUACGCCGCCGGCUCCUCGGCAGCCCCCCCGCAGCAGCACCACCACCAGCCGCAAGAGCAGGGCACGACGUCGGCGGCGGGGCCGAGCGACAACGCUCCGCCUCCGAGCUAUGCGCAGGUUGUCGCAGGGGAUCACAAGAUCCAGACCCAGGAUUAGAAGCCUCGGGGAAGGUUAUGACGCGCGGUGGGUGGAAAGUGGUCUAGAGUGACGCGGCGUCCUCGGAAGCGGCUCUCUUACGCGAAUGUCGUGUAGAUGGCAUUGCGCGUCGUGUUUCCCGCUGGCCGCGGUGGCUUUGCAGCUGUUACCAUCGGAGGAUGGUGACUUGGAAUGCUCUGGGCGGCUUGGUUUUCUUCUUUGUCAUGGGUGUAUUUUGGUGUGGGAUUAUCGAAAGGCGUUUGGUUUGGGCUCAGGGUCGUUUGGAGGAGUAGCGCUCUUUCCGUGUAAUUCUCUGUCGGACUUCACACUUUGUUGGGUCAGCGCGCAGCGUUUCUGGGUGGAUGAGGACCAUCUUUACAGGAACACCUUGCAGUCAUGCCUCCUCUCCAUCUCGCAUCCUCUCUCCCCAGCCCUCGUCUUCUUUUUCGUGACUACCGCGCUAUUCUCCCCUUCAAUGUCCGAUCCUGGCCAAAGCAGAGCGUGGCCAAGAGCAUUCAAGUCAUGAUUAACUGCUGGCCGCCCUGGGUUCUGUACCAUGGCUCAUAUCAAGACUGAAUUGUUGAGAAACGUGAGGAAGCCGCCCUGCUUGGCGGAUGAGGGUUACGUUUCUAACAGCAACGCCAAGGAGCGCGAUUCAACGAUCCUAGCGGUCAUGUUCAGUUUUAAAUCACGGCU